UUUUCCCCAGUCGAAUUUAACAAUUUUUCUAUUUGUUGCAAUACUGCAAAAAAUCCAAAAAAAUAGAAAACACAAAUCAAUAUCAUGAAAUAAUAAAAAUUCGAAGUUUAUAAAUAAAUUGCGGCACGUCGAUUUUAAGUACGGAUGCGUGUUUAGCUGCAAUUAUUCGUACAAGCAAAGGGGCGGGAGUGUCCUCCAAUAUAACGUUUUCCAUCUGCCUUGCAAAAACGAUAAUACAGAGGCUAAAUUGAUAAGUACGAUUAACCUUCAACAUUCAGCCCGCUUAUUGUCAUUUUCCAAUUGGAUUGUAAAAGGUAUUAUAUUGGAUAAAUAAAAAAGACCAAUUAGCCUAACUUGUUAAAGGGACAUUCAGGAAGUGUGUAGUGUGCCGUGUCGUCAAUUGUGGUUUUGUCAAGCGAUCGGUUACCAAACGCAGUUAGUUCUCAAGGUACUGCUUUGCCGACUAAAGAAAUGUGCGAUUCAGAUGACAGCAAAGUACAAAAGUGGACAUGCGAUUAUUGCACCUAUGAAAACUUUCCCUCGUCGCUUAAAUGCACAAUGUGUAAAGGUGCAAAACCACUGUUGAAUGAGGAUAUCUUCCGACUAAGUCCCCCCCAAACAGCCUUUGGUGGUGAAGAGGAGCGUGGCGCUACUGCUGAUGUGGUGGAAGCUUCUAGCCUUAACGCUUGUUAUGCACAAUCGCGGCAAGAUGUACCAUCAACAACUCCAGCCACGGCCUCCCCAUCUGCUUGCGCUAAAUGGGCCUGCAAGAUGUGCACCUACCUAAACUGGCCACGAAGUUUGCGAUGUGUACAAUGUUGCACCAAGCGUGGCACAGCUGUUCAUGUUAAUGUCGAACAAACUAUUUGCAACGCCGGUGAGGCGGCAGCAGCUUCAUUACCUGCUAGUGCAAAUCUAGACGCAAUUGAUGGUCCCCAAAGUUAUAUUGAAAAAAGUUCAAAAACCGUGGAUGUCGUCAACGAAACACCAGCAGCAAUAAUUACCACGAACUCAUCGACAACUUCGUCGAAUAACCUUAAAGAACAGUUAAAAUCAUUACGUAUCACCAAUGAUAUGGAAUUGAAUACUAGUAAUAACGCGGAAUCGAAUAAAAACGAAGCAAGCAGUCACACUGACCAAAUUCUUAAAAAAGCAAGUAAUAGUUAUAUUCAAUCCGUGGGUGCCGCUUCAAAUAGACUUAGUCCAUUUGAACAGUCGUCUAAUGCCAAUAUGAUUGUGGCGACAAAUACCACAACGGUUAAUACAACACACUUAAAUAAUCUUGCAAAUUCGUCGCAGCAACAACAACAGCACAAUCAAUCGUCCACAUCUCUGCAGAACUGUUAUGUAGCCAAAUGGGCCUGUAAUACGUGUACUUAUGAAAAUUGGCCAAAAAGUCUUAAAUGUUCAAUGUGUGGAGAGCCGCGUGAUGGAAAUGCAACCUGCAUAGCUUCGUUGGGUGACAACAACGCCAUCACAGCAACAUCCGGCUCGGGAAGCAACAAUUUCCUCAACAUAAAGGAUGAAAACCAUGACAUGACUGUGUCAACGAAUAAUUCAUUCAACAAAAAACAUAUUUACCAACUAGGUUCUUCUGAGACUAUAAACAACUGUGAUACGGUGCAAGAGCGUCAAGAACGGCGUACCCGACAAAUAAGACGACAAGUUGAUUGGCAGUGGUUAAAUGCUUGCCUCGGUGUUGUGGAAAACAAUUAUAGUGCUGUGGAGGCGUAUUUGUCUUGUGGCGGCAAUCCUGCACGUGCUUUAACGGCGACUGAAAUCGCUAUAUUGAAUCGUAACUCGGCGUUUGACGUGGGUCACACGCUGAUUCAUUUAGCAAUACGUUUUCAUCGCGAAGAAAUGUUGCCCAUGUUGCUUGCACAGAUCUCAGGCUCCGGGCCUGGCAUUAAACGCGUACCUUCAUAUGUUGCACCGGACUUAGCCGCCGAUAUACGAAGGCAUUUUGCAAAUACGCUACGCAUGCGUAAAACUUCUUUUAAUUGCUUGUAUGUGCAAGAGCAUGCGACAUUUGCUUUGCCAGCCGAGAUAGAAGAGUUGCCAAUACAAAUUCAGGAGCAGCUAUAUGAUGAAUUGUUAGAUCGUGAUGCCCAAAAGCAACUUGAAAACCCUCCACCCGCACUCAAUUGGUCGCUGGAAAUCACAGCACGCUUGGGCUCUCGGUUAUUAGUGUUGUGGAAUCGUAGCGCUGGCGAUUGCCUAUUAGACUCGGCAAUGCAGGCAACUUGGGGUGUGUUUGACCGCGACAAUACGCUGCGUCGAGCCUUGGCAGAUACCUUGCAUCAGUGUGGUCCCAUCUUUUAUCCACGUUGGAAGGAAUAUGAAAAGUGGCAGGCAUCUAUGUUACAUUUUACAUUGGAAGAUGCCCAAUGGCAAGAAGACUGGAGUAAUUUGCUGUCGUUGGCCAGUCAACCGGGCUCAUCUUUGGAACAGUUACAUAUAUUUGCUUUAGCUCAUAUAUUGCGACGACCAAUCAUAGUUUACGGUGUAAAAUAUGUCAAAAGCUUUCGUGGCGAGGACAUCGGCUAUGCGAGAUUUGAAGGACUUUACUUGCCGCUAUUUUGGGAUCAAAAUUUCUGCAUAAAAUCACCCAUUGCACUCGGUUAUACGCGUGGACAUUUCAGUGCUUUAGUGCCGAUGGAGCCCUUUGCCCGAAUCGAUCCACGUAGAGAUGAACCAGAGGAUGUGCGUUAUCUGCCGUUGAUGGAUUGUGAAUCAAAACUUUUUCCAAUACACUUUCUAACUCAGGCUGAGAUGGGCCGCGAAGAGGCUAUAAUGCGACAAUGGUUGGAUGUGUGUGUUACAGAUGGCGGCUUACUGGUGGCACAACAGAAAAUACGUAAACGUCCUCUGUUGGUAGCACAAAUGCUGGAAGAAUGGUUAAAUCACUAUCGAAGAAUCGCUCAAGUCAUAACAGCGCCUUUUGUGCGAAGACCUCAACAAACCGGCUACUCAAGUGAGGGUGAUUCCGACGAAGAAUAGGCACGAGCGCAAACUAGUUGCAGUUCUUGGAGACAACUUGCUCGACGGUGACAUUAAGCUAAUAAGCACGAUAUAAAGUGGUAGUGUAUACUUCAUAAAAGAAUCCCAAAACAUAAACUGAAUACAUAUAUACAAUUAUUAAAAUUGAGUAACUAAAAGUAUGAAUACCUAGAUAACUAACAUGCCGUUAUAUUGAUUAAAAAAAUUAAAGCAUAUUUUACGUAGUUAACGGGUAUUGCGAAACUUACGUAUUUGUAGGUUUGUACGAUACAUACAAAUAAAUAUAUAUUACGAGAAAAAAUGCAAAGAAAAUGUAGCAAAUAACUAAAAAAAAUCAUAUCCGUUUCCAAUUCAACAAAAAUCGUUGAUUUUAGUGAGAAAGCUAAAUAAUGCAAUCUAAAGGAAACGUAAAUAUAAACAGAAAAUAAUUAGAAACUUAUGUUUAUCAUGGUGAUCACACUCACACACAGGUGUGUAACAGUUAAUCGAGUUUAGUGUAAAAUUAAAAUAACAAAAGGCAAAAGGCAAAAGACAAAACGGAUAUGAGAUCAAAAUAGCAAAACCGAUAGCAUCUCAUACAAUACAUGUGCUAUUUAAACUUUGAUGAACGAAAAUGUCAAACAUUUACCGACAUUGAAUUCACGUGCGUACGUUGAGUCUCAAGUAAAGUAUAAAUAAAAGAAAAUUUAAAAUAAAAUAGUUUUAAUAUUAAGUAUGUAUUAUUUACAAAAUCAAAUGAAUGUAAAAUAUGUAAUACUUGAACUAGAAAAUAUUUUAUUGUCAUAAUGCGUUUCUUUUUGCUGGCCGACUACAGUUGUCGUACUAAUUUUAUCAGUAAUUGUCCGCAAUCAAAAAGAAAAAAAAGGAAAAAAAUAUAUUUAUAUUGAAAAAAUUUUAAAAACAUA